CUUGUAUUUAAUUAGUCUAUUAGUUGGAGCUUCGCUUUUAGGUUUACGUAAUGUAUAAGUAUACGUGUUGAUAAGAGUUCUGUGGUCAGUAUUCACCCAAUAACGGAGAAGUAUGUGCCCAUGAUAUCAUUAUUAACUUAUAUAUACAAAGCUACGCCACUUACCAGCGGGUGAACAAAAAUAAUUCCAGUCUAAAUUCAGUUUUAUCUCAUCCACAAGUUUCAACUCCGCCGAAAGCGACGCAAGUAAGGUGAAGACGUCUUCAAAAUAAUAAGGAGCACCAAGUAAGAUUUUACUGAAUAUUUUAGUAUUCUUAUCAGUGUUAAUGGAGCAUAUUCAAAUUGUUCUAUCCUUUAAUGCCUUUUGAAGAAGAAGCAGUCGUAAAAAUGGACCUUUAGUUCAUUUUAUUUUUGCGGUGUCUUUUACAAAUAUACGUAGCAGGAAAGUCGCUUAAGCUUCUAUUUCUUUUCACGACCGUCCUGGGAGAGAAGAGAGAAGCCUGUUUUCAGUAACAUAAUGGUUUACACAAAUAGGGCUACUUUUCGCGUGUAUUCGUUUUAACUGUUAAACCCUUGGUGAAAAUUCCUUGAUCCUCGGAUUCCGUGUGAGAGCCUGACAGCGAUUAAUUUUUAAUUUGACGGUUGAAAAAAUUUCGCCAAGGCAAAAGAUAUAAAGAUAAGGUCAACAACAUUUCAUGUUUCAUAAAAAGUAUUACUGUUAGAAGUCGAUCAUCGUUUGGACAGGCGUCAACAAGUAGAACUGUUUCGUCGGCUGUUUUACGUCGUCUUGCUCUUGAGACAUACAGAGACCCGCGAUAAUCUCGACCUCUGAUGACGGCAAAAUUGAAAUAUCAUGAGAAUUGAAUUUGUUCAGCAUAAAGAUCAAACUAAGCUCUUUCUUAAUUCUGAAGUUUUUAAAACCGAAAAACAAGAUCUUCCGUCUAUGACGUCUCAUCCUGUAAUUCGGGAAAUUAAAAAAAUAAUAAAACCGUUUAUCUUUUUGCCACAUUUUCCUGCAGAUGAAACUUUACUGAAUUGUUUUAUAAUACCGACGGAUACGAGCUUUUAAAAGUGAUAGAUUGGAUUAAAAUAAAAAUACAGUUGAUCACGGGAGUUCCGACAUUAAGGACAUUUGUGUUAUGUAAAUUCCGCUUAAUUGCUCUGUCAUAACGCACCUUUGCAGUUGCCUCAUCGCUAUAUUGGCUUAAUCAUUUCAGGCCACAUCGUGGAGGGUAAGAAAAUUAAGUUGAGGCAAGGCAAAAGAUGCUAAUUUCUACUAAAAUUGAAACUUAAAAGCAAUGACAUGAUAAGAUUGCUGUUGGCGGUUUGUUGCACUGAAGAUGGUUUUCAGGGUUUUAACAGUCACGACGUUGGUGAUUAGACCCAAGUUCAGUGUUCAAAAGGUUGUAAACGCUAUUCACCGGAAAAAUCGCAAUUGGUUUACCUACAGAACACCUAUAUCCAGUGGACACCUAGUGACUUAUCCGGUGGAUAUAGCGCUAUCCAGCUUUCGAACUAUUGGGGCCAGGUGAAUUGAUUAUGAGAAAUAAGUCAGAGCGAUUAGUAAAGAAAAUUGUAGGCUUUCCUUACGUAAAACCGAGGGAAAUCUCUUACGCUAAAUUGUCACAGCCGUGUGGGAAAACAAAGUAAGAUAAAGGUUAUUGACUCGGGAGAAUGAACACUAAGCGAUAGAGAUGACCAAUCUACGGAUUAACUAACGCACGAUAUUGGCCGAUAUUACACCACUUAAUAACUAUGUGGCGACGAAAUCACUCAAGAAUACCUCAAAUUCAAAGUAGACAGCGGAGUCAGAAAAUGCUUUUUAGAAAUCAAAGAACGAUAAUCAUGUGGUCAACAUGGAAAUUUAAAACCGUCCAGAGAGAGAGAGAAAAAAAAAAUAACUAAACAAUAUAGAGGACGCAUAUUUAAUGAAGAACAAUUAGAAGCUUUUCACGAAAAAGAAUAAAAUGCUUCGAUUUAAUACUAAGGAAAAAUUUCGCGACCAAUCAAUGUUUACUCCCUUAUACUGAAGGAGCUUCCGUAUAUGGUUAUAGAAUACAUUAAAUAGACGUUUACUCUUGCCGCUUGGAAUUCAAAGACUGUCGACGUCACCAAUGUGUUUCAGUUCCAGUCUGGUACUUUGGCUCACGUGUAUAUAUUGUGGUUCAAUUUUAUCCUUGGUUUAAACUUUAUUUCCCUUGUUUUAAACUCAUUUUCAUCCAUUACCAUACCCAAAAACAAAGGGAAAUAAAAUUUAAACCAAGGAUAAAAUUGAACCACACCAUAUACAAAACAAUUUUUGAGUCAUUAAUCGAGAAACAGAAAGACAGGUGCGACGAAAGAUCAUGGUAUACUGGAAAACAACGCCAAUUUGUCGAAUACAAGACACUGGAAAUGAGCUCCCCUAAAGAAAACAAUCUCCCUAAUUGGACGAAAACUGUGAUAUCCUUAAUCCCAAAGACAUCACACAGGACAUUUUCUGAGCCACAAUAGAAAAACAAAUUACACUAGUGAAAGACACAAGAAACAGACAUAUGACACUGCUGUAAAAUCAAACGACUUCGAGGCCCCAACCCAUGUUAGCGCGACGUUUCUUUCUGGCUUAAAUGUCUGACAAAUUUUGUGUUUCUAAAAUUUGAAUUUACGAGCCUGGUGAGUAUUUUUUCCUUGUAGUGGAUUUAGGAUCCUCCAUAAAUUCGCAAGUUAUCCAUUGCGGUAUUUCAUAUCUUUUAGGUGGUUUUGCGGAACACAUUUUCUGGGCUUCAUAGCGCCGUAAACUAAGGCUCUCAUAGUUGUGGUGAUAAUUUCAUCUUUUACAGCUAGCAUAGAUCAUCGGUUUUUUACUAAAAAGAAAAAAAGAAAUUCACUGAUUAACAUUCUUGUGCGGCGUUGUGGGCUGACAAAUUUUAGUGUUUAUUCUUUCUUUUUCUUCCUUUUUUUUAAUUGUUGGAGUUUCUCUUUCAGACUCUACGACCGCCUGUAAAAGAUGACAUUUGUAUACACUGUGUUUUUCAUCGAGUGGGAGGCUUGUAAGGACUUUUUACGAGACAUAAGAUUUCCGUCGCGAAGCCAAAUAGAAAUUCACGUAUUUCACCGCAAAGACGCAGAUCAAAACCAACUUCGCAACACUAUUCCCGACAAAAAGCUUUACGACGAUAGACGACCAAUUGUUAUAAAACACUCGUCCCUCACGACAUUCCAUAAGGCUGUCGAAGACAUACUCGUCUACUACGCAAGUUCAUACGACUUCUCCCGAUUCAAGAAACCCGAUGUGUACCUAGUUUCCGGAGAGGGUCGCCGUUACGAAGAGUUGGCGAAGAUUCUACGAAAGGACAAGAGGGUGUCGGCUUGGGUCAUCGACGGAAAAAGAACAACACUUCUGGACUGGCUUGAUGCCAACUAUGUCUGUAAAAUAUGUAAAUUUAUCUUUGAUACUGCUCACGAAGGAGUUCAACAUUAUGAGGAAUAUCACAUGAAGUGAAAAAAGACUGUAGCUGAGAGGAACGUUUGGAAUAAUAGUGAAAAUUACUCAUCAUUUGCCAGUUAUUUUCGCUGUCUUUUUGCAAGUAUUACAAUCAUUUUACAGUUGCGGAAGGCGCCUUUAGUAUAACAGAACUGCGGUCAAACCGGCCAGCAUUUGUUUGAGUGUCUCCAAAGUCGAUGGUUACAAAACAAUGUAGUCUUCACUAGUCUUUGAAAACAACUUCUUCCCAGAGGCCAAAACUGCAUUAAAGUAAGGACAGGUGUGUGUUGUAAAGGCUCUUAAAACUACCCCUAUUUAAUAUGAACUGAAAAUUGAAACCCUUAUAAAGGUUUAAAAGCGAAAAAUGGAAACCUGCAGCUUAAGGAAACCGAUAAGGCAAACUGGUUUACACGCGUCGGUUUUUUUCCUUUCUUUUCCUGGACAUUUACAGAGCACAGAAUUCUAGCGUAAACCUAGUUGAAUCGUUUUCUUAGUAUAAGAGUAAAGUAGCUUAGGUUUUUUUAUAGCGGCUUAAAUAGCUUAAAUAUGGAGUGCAUCCUAUCACACGGAAUUACUAUGCAUGCCUGAC